AACACCUAUUCUCCUUAUGCCAAACUAUUCAUCCUUGAAGACUAUGUUUCCUCAAACUAUCCCUUGACUUGUGAAGUGUAACAAGAUUCUUCUUUAUUCUUAAGCCAGCAUGCAGAACUGUAUUUAAUGGUAUUCUUUGUAGCCUCUGCUAAAACGUGUUUGAAACCUGUGCCCUAAAUUGCACGGUUACAUAUAUAGUUACGGACAUCGUCACAUACAUAGUUUAGACUGUGGUAAUGUUGCUCAGCGUGUUCCAUUCAGCAUCCAAAGCAGAUUAGGACGGCUUUGUGUUGCAAAAUGGUUCUUCUUGAAAUACAGCGCUCCUGCAAACGCCUUGAAGUUCCCUGACUGCUUUGACUUAGUAUAAGUUUUCUUAUACCUAUCUUUUUUGUCUGAAAAGAGGCUCUUCAUAAAUUCUUUAAGCGAUUUUAUACAUCUUUGGGCGUGUAAAGAACAAGAGUCCUCACAAUGUGGACUUUUCUGGGAAUCGCUUCCUUUAUCUACGUCUACAAAAAAUGUGGAGAUUUGCUCAGUUAUGCCAACAAGGAGGUGAUGAUUUCCACAGUGGUGUUCUUUUCUCUUGGCUUGAUGCUCUCUUAUUGGUAUCGAUCGUGGGGACUCCAACAGCAGAAUAAGCAGCAACCUCAUUGUGGAAUGCUUUCCAAUUUCCUUGCUGCCUUGCCAUUCAUUGGCUUUUUCUGGACUAAAUCCCAUGCUGAUUCUCUGGAGACACUGCAGCCGAAAAGUAGAAAGGGCAGAAGGGGAGUCAUUCCUUCACCUGAUAGUACAACAGAAACUGCUUCAGCUUCAAUAGCCACUCCUCAGCCUGAUCCAGAAGUGAUCAUUGUGGGGGCUGGUGUGCUUGGCUCUGCUCUGGCAGCAGUACUGGCACGGGAUGGGAGGAAAGUGACGGUAAUUGAGAGAGAUCUGAAGGAACCCGAUAGGAUCGUUGGAGAACUCUUGCAGCCAGGAGGUUAUAACACUCUAAAAGACCUGGGCCUUGAAGAUGCUGUGGAAGGUAUAGAUGCUCAUACAAUAAAUGGCUAUAUCAUUCAUAACCUUGAAAACAAGGCAGAGGUUGAGAUUCCUUACCCUUGCACAGCAGCUGGACAUGUACAGAAUGGAAAAGCCUUUCAUCAUGGGCGUUUCAUCAUGGGUCUCCGAAGGGCAGCCAUGGCAGAACCCAAUACAAAAUUCAUUGAAGGGACAGUGAUACAAUUGCUUGAAGAAGAUGAGUGUGUAGCUGGAAUUGUAUACAAAGAUAAAGAAACUGGCGAUACGAAGGAGCUCCACGCACCCUUAAUAGUGGUUGCUGAUGGUCUCUUUUCCAAGUUUCGAAAGAAUCUCAUCUCCAGCAAAGUUAAAGUCCCCUCUCAUUUUGUAGGAUGCAUUUUGAAGAAUUCUCCUCAGUUUAAAGCCAAUUACGCCGAGCUUGUUUUAGGGAAUCCUAGCCCUGUGCUUAUCUACCAGAUUUCUUCCAAUGAAACUCGAGUUCUUGUUGACAUUCGAGGUGAAAUGCCAAAAAAUCUUAAGGAGUACAUGGUUGAAAAGAUUUAUCCACAGCUCCCAGAACACAUUCAAGAGCCUUUCCUAAUAGCUGUACAAAAUGAACGUCUGAGAGUCAUGCCAGCGAGCUUUUUACCGCCUUCUCCUGUUGAUAAAGCAGGAGUCCUCCUCCUGGGAGAUGCUUACAAUAUGAGGCAUCCUCUGACAGGUGGAGGAAUGAGCGUUGCUCUGAAUGACAUCAAGAUUUGGAGGCAUUUACUGCAGGCCAUUCCAGACCUGUAUGAAGACUCCGCUCUAUUGCAAGCCAAAAAGACCUUUUACUGGACAAGAAAGAAGUCUCAUUCCUUUGUUGUGAAUGUUCUUGCUCAGGCGCUUUACGAAUUAUUUGCUGCAACAGACGAUUCUCUGCACAAGUUAAGGAGAGCCUGCUUUCUUUAUUUCAAGCUUGGGGGCAAGUGUGUAUCUGGUCCAGUUGGAUUACUUUCCAUCUUGUCACCGAAGCCCAUCGUCCUGAUUGGCCACUUCUUUGCUGUUGCCCUCUAUGCCACCUACUUCUGCUUCAAGUCAGAAUCUUGGAUCACCAAACCACGGGCCGUUUUCAGCAGCCUUGCGGUGAUGUACCGGGCUUGCUCGGUCAUAUUUCCCCUUAUAUAUUCUGAAAUGAAAUACCUCAUCUACUAAAUACAAAGAGGCAGAGAGACAGGAAGAGGAGCUGCUUGGAUUUCUUUGCAUCUUCUGGAUGUGUCCUGUCUCGUAAGUCGAAGUGACCACAGCAGCAACUAAGCAGCUCUGCUUGGUAUGCACUGUCGGCAUGAGAACUUGCAGUGGUGAUUUGAGGUGUAUAAGCACAUAGAUAAUCUUGUCAAACGAUGGCAGGUAAAAAAGCAUUCUAAUCCAUGGGAGUAAGAGGGGGCCACAAAAGUUACUUCUGAGAAUAAAUGGCUAGCAUAUGGGGGGGCGGGGUUGGCAGACUGUCAAGCAAUUCCCUUUCCUUGUCCCUCUGAUUUUUGAGGCCAGGACUUAAAUAAUUAAAUAAUGACAUCUCUGGAGCUACUGGUCUGGACUAUAGGCGUGUGUUCAGAGAUCACAGCUUGGAAAUCCCCGAUUCAGCACACACGUUUUCUACCCAUACAGAAUUUGCCUUAUGUCCAUCUGGUCCAUGUGCUGGCUGACAGCUGCUCUUCCCUGUUUCCCUCUACUUUUCUUGGGAAAGAAACAGGAGUUUGUCCAGCCUCUUAAUAGCUUCUUACCAACAGUGGCAAUCAUAUGUCUGUAUGAAACUCAGUUACGAGUCAUCCUGCCAGGAGAUGACAUCUCUAAAACUGACGAUGUUACUCGUUGGGAUGGUAAACCAGCCAU